UCGUGCAGGUUAAUCAAGUGUGAUUCUCUCUCUCUCUCUUUAGACGACCCGACCCACCUGCAGACUCGGACACCACCAACACUUUUACUCCUCGUAACCCCAGAUACACCAAUCUAAAGUUCCCUCACCACUCCCCCGUGGAUUUUCGAUCUCCAAGGACAUGGCCGGGAAGAGAGUUAUAGCUAUAUGUCAGUCAGGCGGUGAAUUUGAGACCGAUGAAGAUGGCUCAUUGUCGUAUAGAGGUGGGGUUGCUCAUGCUAUGGACAUUGACGACCAGAUGAAAUACAGUGAUUUCAAGACGGAAAUAGAAGAGAUGUUUAACAGUGAUCUUAGUACCAUGUCUAUCAAGUAUUUCAUCCCAGGAAACAAAAAGACACUUAUCACAAUCUCCAACGCCAAGGACCUCAAACGCAUGAUCAAAUUCCAUGGUGACUCCAACACCGCAGAUAUAUAUAUCAUUCCGGAAGAGGUAGUUCCUCCCCCUGUCUCAAUCCCACCUGCUGACAGGUCAACGCAGAGUACUUUGCCUGAAGCAAUGGUUCCAGUUGAUGACCCUCUUAAUGUUGCUGGUGAUAUCGUAGAUGACACACCCCAUCUAGAUGAUACUAUGCAAGUUGAUGUCCCUAUUGACAUUCCCGUUUAUAUACCUACGCCCUUUCCUUCUGUUGGUUCCAAUGAUGAGAAUCAUAUUAAAGCUGCGCAAGAGUGGGAGAACACUAUUACUGGUGUUGGCCAAAGAUUUAAUAGUGUUCAUGAUUUUCGUGAGGCCCUGCGUAAAUAUUCUGUUGCACAUCAGUUUGCUUUGGUGUACAAGAAGAAUGAAAGUGAGCGUGUGACUGUCAAAUGCAAAGCAGAAGGAUGCCCGUGGAGAAUUCAUGCAUCGAGGUUGGCAACCACCCAAUUAUUUUGUGUUAAGAAAUUGAAUCCCACACAUACAUGCGAAGGGGCUACACUGACAACGGGGCAUCAGGCGACUAGAAAUUAUGUUGCUGAUAUCAUCAAGGAGAAACUGAAAGUCAACCCCGAUUACCAUCCAAAGGAUAUAGUCAAUGACAUUAAACAGGAACAUGGAAUUGAACUGAAGUACUAUCAGGCCUGGCGCUGGAAAGAGAUUGCAAAAGAGCGGCUUCAGGGUUCAUAUAAGAAGGCAUACAAGCAGUUACCGUCUUACUGUGAGAGGAUAAUGGAGACAAAUCCUGGUAGUUUUGCUACUUUUACCACUAAGGAAGACUCAAGCUUUCAUCGCCUAUUUGUAUCGUUUCAUGCGUCUUUGUAUGGCUUUGAACACGGUUGUCGCCCUCUGCUUUUCCUUGAUAGCACACCCUUAAAGUCAAAAUACCAAGGCACAUUGUUGGCAGCAACAGCUGCUGAUGGUGAUGAUGGGUUUUUUCCUGUAGCUUUUUCCAUUGUCGACGCUGAAACUGAUGAUAACUGGCAUUGGUUUUUGGUACAACUUAAGUCUGCAUUUUCAACAGCUCAAAGCUUAACAUUUGUGGCAGAUAGAGAGAAAGGACUAAAGGAAUCAAUCGCGGAUGUAUUUCACGACGCGGAUGUGCACCAUGGAUACUGCAUACGCUAUCUUUCGGAACAACUUACUAGAGACUUAAAAGGGCAAUUUUCUCAUGAAGUGAAGCGUCUUAUGGUUGAGAAUUUUUUCGCAGCUGCGUAUGCACCUAGGCCUGUUGGGUUCCAGAGGUGUGUGGAGAGCAUCAAGGCUCUCUCGGUAGAUGCUUAUAAUUGGGUUAUGCAAAGUGAGCCUGUGCAAUGGGCAAAUGCGUUUUUCCAGGGUGCGAGAUAUAAUCACAUGACAUCAAAUUUUGGAGAGCUAUUCUACAGUUGGGCAUCAGAAGCACAUGAUUUACCCAUUACCUUGAUGGUUGAUGCAAUAAGAGGUAAAGUUAUGGAGUUGAUUCAUAAACGACGAGAAGAAUCUAACCACUGGCUGUCUAAGCUAACUCCAUCCAUGGAGGAAAGACUAGAAAAGGAAAGCCAAAGAGCUAGUUCCCUUAGAGUUUCAAUAUCAGCUGGUAACAGAUUUGAGGUUCAUGGUGAUUCAAGUGAAGUUGUGGAUCUUGAUAAAUGGGACUGUAGUUGCAAAGGGUGGCAGCUUACUGGGUUGCCAUGCUGCCAUGCGAUUGCUAUCAUCAAUUGUGUUGAUCGCAGCCCUUAUGAUUAUUGUUCUAGAUUUUUCACAAGUGAUAGCUACAGGUUAACAUAUUCUGAGUUGAUUAAUCCUGUUCCAGUUGUAGAUAGGUAUGUGCCGAGGGAAUCUUCUAAGAGUGCAGUAACUGUAACCCCUCCUUCCACUCGUCGUCCACCAGGGCGACCUCCUGCUAAGCCGUUUGGGUCACAAGACGUGGUCAAACGUAAACGUCAACCAAAAUGCAGCAGAUGCAAGGGUCUUGGGCACAAAAAGUCAACGUGUAAAGAGUUUCUGUUGGAGUGCUGAGCUAUGUAAGUUUGUAGCGUAUUAGGAAGAUGGCAUAGUUGCAUGGUUCAAUCAAUGGACCAGUGGCACUGCCCGUACUCUUUGAAAGCUCUUUGAGAAGGGGUCGAGAUGUCUUUUGCCUGUUUAUAGUUCUUCUAAUCGAUUGUUUUGCUAUCUAUAGUUCUUCGUGGAGCGACGAAAUUCCUGUAAUUGUUGUUAGCGAUUGUACAAGUAGUACCCUCUAAGGAUUGUCUUGCAGCUCUCAUCUUUGUUGCUUUUUCUUGAUAACGUACUCCUAUUAGCCUGAGUUUGAGCUUUUUGGUUC